CCGGGGAGCAGCAGGCCUCUGGGGGCGGGACGGGCAGGCAGGGUGCGAUGCCCUUGCACGUGAAGUGGCCGUUUCCGGCGGUGCCGCGGCUCACCUGGACCCUGGCCAGCAGUGUCGUCAUGGGCCUGGUGGGCACCUACAGCUGCUUCUGGACUAAGUACAUGAACCAUCUCAGUGUGCACAACAAGGAGGUCCUGUACGAGCUGAUCGAGAACCGGGGGCCCACCACGCCCCUCAUCACUGUCUCCAAUCAUCAGUCCUGCAUGGAUGAUCCUCACCUGUGGGGCAUCCUGAAGCUGCGCCACAUCUGGAACCUGCAGCUCAUGCGCUGGACGCCCGCGGCGGCAGACAUUUGCUUCACGAAGGAGCUGCACUCCCGCUUCUUCAGCUUGGGCAAGUGCGUGCCUGUGUGCCGAGGGGACGGCGUCUACCAGAAGGGCAUGGACUUCAUCUUGGAGAAGCUCAACCACGGAGACUGGGUGCACAUCUUCCCAGAAGGCAAAGUGAACAUGAGCUCCGAGUUCAUGCGUUUCAAGUGGGGAAUUGGGCGCCUGAUUGCUGAGUGUCAUCUGAAUCCCGUCAUCCUGCCGCUGUGGCAUGUUGGAAUGAAUGACGUGCUCCCUAACGGCCCACCCUACUUUCCCCGCUUCGGGCAGAAAAUCACCGUGCUGAUCGGAAAGCCCUUCAGUGCACUGCCUGUGCUUGAGCGGCUUCGCGCAGAGAACAAGUCAGCCGUGGAGAUGCGCAAGGCCCUGACGGACUUCAUCCAGGAGGAAUUCCAGCACCUGAAGACCCAGGCUGAGCAGCUGCACCAUCAUCUACAGCCCGGGAGAUAGGCCCCACCUGGCCAGCGCCUGGCCCUGGCCUCCUCUUGGCCUCCCAGGCUGUGGGGGCCCCUGCUGCAGCCCGAUUGGCUCUCAGGGCUGCCUUUCGGAUCCUCACCCCACAGCUGAGACUGGCAGAUGGAUUGAUGCUUUUAGCUCAAAUGUGACUUUUAGACAGAUAGGUUUCAGGCCUUACUAGGUGCCCCUCUGUGGAUACUGAACUCGGUGGCUCCUCUCACAUGACUGAGAAAGGAGGAGGAAGCUUCUGGAGGGAUCUCUUCCCUUCUGGUCUUUGGCUGUUGUCUCCCCAGGCUUGUAUCAGGAGGGGGCAAGUAGCUGUGUGGUAAGUGGGAGGCCCACAAGGCCCCUUAACCUAGUUUUUCACAACCUCUUCAGGGACAGCAGCAAGUGAUGACCCCUUUCUGCAGGUGCCCUCCCCCUGGAGGGCCUCAGGUAGGCUGCAGACAGAAAGGGAGCCUUCGGGGAGGGCUGCCAUGGGGGGACCCAUGGCCUGUCCAUCCUUUCUGUCCCUUGGCAUUGCUCAUGUCCUGGGGCCUGGGUUUUCACGUUUUGUAAAAUAAAGCAACCGUGUCGUGCUGUUA